AUGUCACGGUUUUUUGCGUUGGUCGUUGCACUAGAUCCGGACGCUCUUCGAGCGUAUGCAUCACCUCUGCAAAGCGAAAACAAUCAUAAUGGAAGACCAGUCCUGGUUCAUUGCGAUGAGAUAACGCCGUUAAAAAAGACGGAGAAGUGUUUACCAACUGACUUCUUCGAUGACAAUGAAAUUGUUGCGUUUGAAUCGCUUGUCGUUUUCAACGAGAAAUUUGCUGACAAGGACGCACUGGACGGACUGAUUGGAUGGAACCUCCAAGUUGGGCGAGUCAUGGUGUCGAAUUCUUCAUUGACAGACAGGCGCGGUGGGAGGCUCCUUCCUGGAAUCGUCUAUCAAGGACUCAUUUACUGCCCCGCACGAAAUUCUAUUAAAAAGGAAAGACAACUGAUGCAUCAACAUGAAAGUAUGUGGCUUGUGCAGGAUCUUGUGAGGUCCGUCCCUGAGCUGCGUGGCUCUCUACAGAAACUUUUUACACAGGAAAUACCGGUAGCCUCACAAGAAAAACCAGCUACCGUUUGGAGUUUUCUUCCGCCUAGCUCCUUGAACAUCAGCAUUUACGAUAAACCGAUGAGGGCGCCGCCUCCUGUCAAACAACCAAGCCCCAUUGUCCUCAAUUUCCAAUCACAAGGAGCUCAAACGAUCAUGGAUGAUGUCACUAAUCCAUUUCGCUCACCACCGCCUAUUUCAUGGUCACAAAUGGAUGAUGAGCAGAAACAAUUGUCACCAAGCAUCAUGACGCCACCAAGGUCUGCACUCAAAAAGUCUUUUGAGAUCAAGCAAGAUAAGGCCGCUGAGGAAGAUAAAACUUGGUCAGCGCACCCAAAAUCGUCAAAGAAAGCGCUUCAAGGAUUUGGUGAAUCCAGAGGAUGGCUUAGAACAAAUAAAGCGAUAACUAGUGAAAGCAUCUGGAAAACGCAAUCUCGGGAUAAUGCUUCAGUUAGCACUGCAAAUCUAGCAUCACCAGAAAUCGCCUACAUCGUUCGAGUCGUCCAUGGCAAGUACGCAAUCGCAUACAGUUUCCAACGCAAUUUGAUCUGGUACGAUUUGACGAAGAUCUCGAAAAUAACGCAGCUUUCUCAUGAGCCAACGGUCGCUGUCACUUUUACGAAGAUGGUCGAUUUUUCAUGUUGCCCCGGCGCCGCAAACAACGAGGAAAGUGUGAAUCUUCAGGCUGUCGAUGUGUCAGUGGAAGAGGAUGCGCCUAAUAUCAAGUUUCAACUCUGCACACCUAGAACAGAAAGCUUUACCGUCGACGACCCUCCCAAGAAGGACACAAUCAAGUGCCGGCUUCGGUUUACACUGUUUAGGAAUAGUCUGCGCAAUGAAUUUCUCGAGAAACAACAGAAAGAUUGCUAUUUCCCCUCACAUGUCAUCAGGGAGCUUACACAGCUGUAUCAAUAUACGGAAUUGAAGAGUUUCGAAAUUUUCAUACGCGUGCGCCCCGAAUGUGCGCCGGAUGAGAAGAUGGCAUUCGAAUACCACUGCAUGUAUGACGAAACAAGUGGCACCAGAGGAUCAAUGGAAAUUCGAUCUUAUGUUGCUCGCAGAGGCAAAUUUCUGCGGUUGAUGGACGAAAAAAGGAAGAAA